UUCGGUAAUCCAGGUGGCUCGACACUGGGCCUUUUCACGGCAAUCCAAAACAUCGGUGGGCUGAAAGGCCUGACAGCUUCCUAUGUGGCCGACUUCUUUGGACGAAAGACCGGCGUUGUCAUCGGCCUACUUGUUCUUUUUGUAGGAACAAUCAUUCAAGUCGUACCGUCCGUCAACUCAAGCAUGUUUCUUGCGGGUCGCUUCUUAGUUGGGCUUGGAUCAAACGUGACCCAGGGAUCUGCGCCUCUACUUAUAACCGAACUUGCCCAUCCUCAGCACCGUGGCAAGCUAACUACCAUGUACAACACUCUGUGGUAUGUCGGGGCAAUAAUCGCGGCUUGGACGGUGUUUGGGACAAUCAAGUAUACAUCGGAAGCAUCAUGGAGAAUACCGGUCGCCAUGCAGGCAGCCAUGCCUGCCAUUCAGUUUUUGGGCAUAUGGUUUGUCCCUGAAAGCCCCCGUUGGCUUUGUGCGAAUAAUCGCUCUGAGGAGGCCUUUGAAAUAUUAGUGAAGUAUCAUGCCAAUGGCGACAGAGACGACACUUUCUGCGCGUUUGAGUUCCAUGAAAUACAGGAAACAAUACGUAUGGAGAAGGAGAAUUCGAAAAACGGCUGGCCUGUCCUUGUGCAGACACCAGGAAAUCGCAAACGACUCCUACUUAUUCUAUUGGUGUCAUUUUUCUCGCAGUGUUCGGGCAACGGUCUGGUGUCAUAUUAUUUACAUGACAUCUUAAGCUCCGUCGGAAUCGAGUCCUCUUAUGACCAGUCCGUCAUCAAUGGUGGUUUGACAAUCUGGUGCUUUUUAGUGUCAAUUUGCUGCUCUGCCUUCCUUGUCGAUGUCCUAGGUCGACGAUUGCUUUUCCUGAUUGCUGGCUUCGGCAUGCUGAUUACAUUUAGCAUUUGGACAGGUUGCUCAGCAGUAUAUGCGCAAACUGGCAACAAAAGUGCCGGAAGCGCAGUCAUUGCUAUGAUAUUUCUCUUUUAUGGAGUCGCCGGAUUCGCCUGGCCCGGAUUGACAGUUGCGUAUCCCGCUGAAAUCCUUCCUUUCAGCAUCCGAGCCAAAGGUCUUGCCGUUACUAUGGCUGCAACGGCCUUGUCGUCUGUCUUCAACCAAUAUGUCAAUCCGAUUGGUCUUGAGUCAUUGAAGUGGCGAUUUUAUUUCGUGUAUAUUGCGAUUCUGGUCAUUGAGUGUCUUUGUAUCUGGUUCCUAUUUGUGGAAACAAAGGGCCCGACACUAGAGGAGAUUGCAGAGCUGUUUGACGGGGAACAUGCCAACGUCGCUGGUAACGAAGGGCGUACACAUGAUCAGGAGACCAAGUCAGUGGAGCCAUGA